AUGGGUGGGAAGCAGUCCCGCAUUUUGUCCAGCAAGGAGUUGAAUGACAUGAGUGUGAGUCAACGGAGACAGAGUGCAAUUAGAGACGACCAGCCCAGCAUGUCCUUGGCUGCUGGGAGGAUCCGCAGACACACUAGACUGCAUUUUGGUUACAGCACCCUAAGUCUAGCCAUGCGAGGACUAAAUGAAACACCAACGGAACUAUGGCAACUCCAAGACCUUCAGAAGCUAAACUUGUCAAUGAACUGCCUGCGCUCUUUGCCCUCUUCCCUGGGUGCUCUUGACAAUCUGGUGGUUCUAAACUUGUGGGGGAACAACCUGUCCCGCCUUCCACCUGAGAUUGGCCUUCUAAAGAAACUGCGUGUGCUCUUCGCCUGUCGCAACCGCCUGAGUGAGGUACCAGAGGAGCUGGGCUCCUGUACCUGUCUGGAGGUGCUCAGUUUGGCCAAUAAUCAGAUCACAGGCCUGCCAAGCAGCUUGGCAGCCAUGCGCAAUCUCACGAAACUCAAUCUCAGCCACAACCACAUCGCUCACAUUCCCACCUGCGUCUAUAGCAUGAAGGGUCUAGUCUUCCUCCAUCUCGCCUGCAACCGCCUGGAGACCAUUGCGGACCAGAUUCAGGACCUGGUUAAUUUAAAAAUCCUCAUUGUGGAAGGAAAUAGCAUACACACAUUGCCCAAGACUCUGUGCUUCCUGGAGUCUUUAGAACUCCUAAAUGUUGACUUCAAUGAUCUGCAAAGCGUACCAGUGGAAAUGUACUUAUUAAGUAAGCUGAGGCGGCUUGCAUGCCACCCGCUCGAUAAAGGACUCCAUAUUGUGCAUAACCCCCUUCUCAAACCUAUCCAGGAGGUGCUACAAGGAGGACUCAGUGCUCUCUAUAACUACCUCAAGCCCACUUGAGAGGGUACUACUGUGCAUGUGUGUCUAAAAGAGUGUGCUGUAAGGGGAAGCUGCCACAAAUCUGACCCUUGGCAUAUUGUAGUCACGCUCUGAGUUUGUUGUUA